CUGGAGCAUAAUGCAUCCUGUCCACUGGUUCCUGGUCAUGACCUUGGCAGCCUGCAGCACUGAGCUGAGCUGUGCCGGACCCCUGCACUCCCAAUGCAAAGUACAGUGGUUCUUGGGGAUUCCCUGUCAGCAGGUGUAUGAGUCUCUGCUGUCACAGAUCAACAAGUGGACGAGCUCAGCGGGGUGCAUCAUGGGAGGGCAGAAAUGUCUCUACAAGCUGCAGUCAGCCUCUGACCACUUCAUAUCAGCCAAACACACUGGGCCAUUUAAGAGAUCUGUGGAGGACAUCAACUUCCGGCUCGUCCCUUAUCACUUCUUCACAUGUUGCUGUGUUUCUGCUAUGUCUAUCUCAGAGAGCUGGUACUCUGUUAGAGACCAUGGAACCAACUACUGCAACCUCUAUAACCUGAUGGAAGGAAGUGGUUUAACUGAGGCCAGAGGUUAUGAAGAAGUCACCAGUGAUUUUCUGUGUACCCAGCGCUCCUCUGCUAACUGUACCAUCUACUGACCAGACUCUGACUCACUGACCUCUCCCACCAAAACAUUAAAUCAGUUAUUUAAUGGAUUUCUGUAGCACUUUUCCAUCCAAUGUACACUCUUGCAGUGCUUUAUAAUGAUGACCCACAUUCACAUACUGAUAAUGUGUUGCCAUGCAAGCCACUCAACAGCACACUGUGGCAAGGUGAUUGUUAUGUACAG